GGGACUGUAACAAUUUGCCGCGGCUUCUCUCCUCCCUUCUCUGGCGCUCACUCCCCUCCCCCCUUCCCCUCGCAUGCCGAUCGCCUCCAAGCUCCUCUACUUCCAGCGCCGCCCCUCGCCGGCGCCGCCGGACCCGGGCCCCGAGCCACCCGACUCUCGCCGCCGGGCCGGCCGCGACCACUCCGCCCGCCAGCGCCGCCGCAGCUCCUUCUCCUCCCACCACAAGCCGGGCCAGGAACCUGUUCCAGGGAACCAAAGAGACUCUAGCAAGUCUCUUGGACCAGCUGGAAACCUAACAGAGCAUGUAGCAGGGAUAUCCUCUAUCACGAGACUAAACCGCAGCGUAUCCGACCAUGGCCGUCUUCCUGAUGCCGUGCAACAGGCCAGGGAAAGGCUUCUUCAGAGGCUCAACAGCGUGGACUUAUCAGGAAGAAGGCAAAAGUCAUGCCCCUCAGAAACCAUUUGGGCUGACUUCUCUUCUGACUGCAUCCUAGGCACCCUAACCAACUGCUUCCAGCCUGACGACUCCAUCGCUGCCAGCAAGGUUGAAGAAGACGUGACGGAGCCCGUCGGCAGUAACACUGAUGAGCGUACGCCCAUCUCACCAUUCUCGGAAUCCAUUGUCCCUGAGAUUCAACACUCAGUCUGCAACAGAGCAGCAGAGGAAGGCGAUGACUGCACCUGUGAACCUCCAGCAGAGUGCUCCAUAUGCCUGGAGCGAUGCGGCGGCACAGGCGACGGGCUCACCCAGCUGCACUGCAAGCACGUCUUCCACUCGCUGUGCCUGGAGCGGUGGCUGCGGUCCCGCGGCGACUGCCCCUAUUGCCGGGCCACUGUGGCCCUCUCCUAACAGCAGGAUGCAGAAACUGAAAGAGAUUGACCACGAGUCCAACGGCGCGGAUUACAGAACCUCCCCUGUCCCCUCUAAGCUUUAACCAUCUCCCUGCUUAGUGCUUACCCCUUGUACUGUUACUGCUACAUUUUCAUUAGCCGUUAUGAGACCGAACUAUUAAGCCCUGUGCGGCUCAGCAAUUACUGUAGACUCUAGUAUCUUUUCACGUGUAUAUAUCAUGCCUUGUAAACGCACUGUGUCAGAGUAACUGGAUGUUUGCAUCUGUCAUCUGCGCAUGGUGCGAGAGGAGCUGGUGGGUGUUGCAUCAUCCCAGUCCAUGGAAGUUGUGUGCGCUCCACUCUCAUUGCAAGCUGACAAGCUGUCGCUUGGGUGUAACCGUUUCUGUUCUGUUUCUUUUGCA